AUGGCUAUCGUGGACUGGGGACAAGCGGGAUGGUAUCCAGACUACUGGGAGUACUGUAAGUCACUCUACACUUGUUGGUAUGAGGACAAAUGGCGACGAGACUGGGUCGACAACUUCCUAAGCCCACGCUUGCGCGAAUUUGAGGUCUUCGCGGAGUACACAAUGGCAAUGGGCUCGAUGUGA